UGAGAAGAGUCUCCCGCGGACAGUCGCUUCACACAGCUGAAUAUAUUAAGCCUCCAAUAUAACCGGUAUUUAUAUUCCUCGGGCGUCUUUGCCUCCUAACUGUCUCUUGAAAAAUAAGCAAGCAUCAUUCGCACCUGUGUCUGAACAUCUAAACGGAAACCUCAGAGGAGAAGUGCGCGUGUUUUUAUUUUGAUGAAGAUAUAUUGAAUGGCGUUGUAGAGCUCAUCUCUGCUGCCCGGCUGGAUUUGGAAAAGGAUUUAUCCUAUUUGGGAUAUUGUCAUUGGAGCGGAGGAAUACACCAGAGACUGAAAACCCAGUUGGAUUGACAGGUUCUCCAUCAGGAUGUUGCAGUGAUCGCUGUGAGUUUCUGAUCGUGACGAUGGGGAUUUAUGGACACCUGGCCUUUUCGAAUCAGGCCAACACUUCCAGAGACUUCUGCUUCUCGGCACGGAUCCGCAGUACCGUCUUGCAGGGUCUGCCCUUCGGAGGGGUUCCCACGGUCCUCGCGCUCGACUUCAUGUGCUUCCUGGUUCUUCUAUUUGUCUUCUCUAUCUUGCGGAAGGUGGCGUGGGAUUACGGCCGUCUGGCUCUGGUGACUGAUGCUGACAGACGGAAGAGAAGAUUCAGUGGCCUGGAGGAGCGCGAGUACGUGGCCUCAGCUCUGCAUUCUGAAACACCGGACCAUUAUGAACGUCUGACCUCCGUGUCCAGCUCCGUGGAUUUCGAACAGCGAGACAACGGUUUUUGCUCUUGGUUGACAGCCAUAUUCCGAAUCAAAGACGAGGAGAUCCGUGAGAAAUGUGGAGAAGAUGCAGUUCACUAUUUGUCCUUUCAGCGUCACAUCAUCGGCCUGCUGGUGGUUGUGGGAGUUUUAUCUGUGGGCAUCGUUCUGCCGGUCAACUUCUCCGGCAACCUGCUCGAUAAUAAUGCAUACAGCUUUGGACGCACAACAAUCGCCAACCUGAAUAAAGGGAAUAAUCUCUUGUGGCUGCACACGUCGUUUGCCUUCAUGUAUCUGCUGCUCACCGUCUACAGCAUGAGACGCCACACGUCAAAGAUGCACUACAACGAAGAUGACCUGGUGAAACGCACUUUAUUCAUCAACGGCAUUUCUAAGUAUGCAGAAGAGAGUCAGAUCAAACAACACUUUGAACAGGCUUACGGGAACUGUGUUGUCCUGGAGGCUCGUAUUUGUUACAAUGUGGCGAAACUGAUGGCGCUCAAUGCGGAGAGGAAGAAAACGGAGCGCAGUAAGAAGUUUUUCACCGAUCUGAUGGCUAAAGAACACAUCCCCACCAUGAUCAACCCAAAGCCCUGCGGUCACCUGUGCUGCUGUGCCAUUACAGGCUGUGAAGAGGAAGAAGCUGUGAAUUAUUACACUAAACUUGAGGCCAAACUGAAGGAGGAAUACUGUAAGGAAAAGGAGAAGGUGAACACUAAACCGCUGGGAAUGGCAUUUGUCACUUUUCAGAAUGAGGCCAUGACUGCAAUGGAGCAUCUGUCUUUAGGAGGAGUUUCCUGGUGGCUGCGCUGCUUCAUCAUCAACUGCAUCCUCUUCAUCCUCCUCUUCUUCCUCACCACCCCGGCCAUCAUCAUCUCCACCAUGGACAAGUUCAACGUCACCAAGCCUGUGGAGUAUCUGAACAACCCUAUAGUCACUCAGUUUUUCCCCACUUUGCUGCUGUGGGCCUUCUCUGCCCUGCUGCCCACCAUAGUCUACUAUUCUGGCUUCUUUGAAGCCCACUGGACCAGGUCGGGGGAAAACAGGACCACCAUGCACAAGUGCUACACGUUUCUGAUCUUCAUGGUUCUUCUGUUGCCGUCUCUGGGUCUCAGCAGUUUGGACGUUUUCUUUCGAUGGCUGUUCGACAAGAAGUUCCUGGCCAAUGCUACAGUCCGAUUUGAGUGUGUCUUCCUCCCUGAUAAUGGAGCGUUUUUCGUGAACUAUGUCAUCGCGUCUGCGUUCAUCGGGAAUGCAAUGGACCUGUUAAGAAUUCCGGGUCUUCUCAUGUACAUGAUCCGACUGUGUCUGGCUCGCUCGGCUGCCGAACGACGCAACGUCAAACGGCAUCAAGCCUAUGAGUUUCAGUUUGGAGCUGCCUACGCCUGGAUGAUGUGCGUUUUUACUGUCGUCAUGACGUACAGCAUCACCUGCCCCAUCAUCGUCCCUUUUGGACUGAUGUACAUGCUCUUAAAGCACCUGGUGGAUAGGUACAACAUGUACUACGCUUACCUGCCCUCCAAACUCGACAAGAAGAUCCACUCAGGAGCUGUCAAUCAAGUGGUGGCCGCACCCAUCCUCUGCCUCUUCUGGCUUCUGUUCUUCUCCACUGUUCGGACAGGGUUUUUGACGCCGCUGUCUAUGUUCACCUUCGUGGUUCUCAUCAUCACCAUCGUGGUCUGCCUGUCGCACGUUUGCUUCGGUCACUUUAAAUACCUCAGCGCGCACAACUACAAGGUACGAGUUGCGGUACUGAAGAUCGACACUAAAGACACAGAACCUGACAGAGUGGAGAACGGCCGUCCUGCCAGAUCUUCACCCUCCAACAGAUCUCAGCAGCAGAUGUACAUCGCCCAGGUCCUGCAGGACCCAAACUCUGACGAAACGGGAGCGGGCAGCGGAGAGGACGACGGUCAGGGGUCCUCACAGGACGAGGAGAUGCUCAACGGAGGAAACGGCAUGAACGAAGCCGACUUUCAGUCUGGAGAGGACAGUCUCAUCGCCAAUGAAGUCCACCAGUAACCACAGCCCAGACGGGAGAGAGAGGGGUGGAGAGAGGGCGGAGCCCGAGUGAAUCCACCCAUCACAAAGUCUUCAUCCGCACACGUCUGUCCGUCCCUGUUGAUGCUUUUUUUAGGAUGUUUGCUGGCUCGAAACAUCUUAGAAACGCCACGUCUGCCAUUCACUCAAACACACUGUACAUAAGCACAUGUACUCUGUACAUAUUAAUGCCAACAUGCUUCAGGGGUUUGCUUCACAGCCACAUGAAAAAAUGUCGUCGCCUAGCUCUCUGUCUUUGCCAAAACCUGCUCAAAGCCCAGUUGGACACGGACAUGAUUGGAACAAUACAUGAAGAGUUUUUAGUUUGUUUCCUCAGAAGAAGGCAGAUACGGAUGAAGGUCUUCACAUCUUCUCCCUCCACCGCACUCUUUCCUGAAGCUCAAAGUAUCUCAUGGGUGGCAGCGCUGCGGGACACGCUUUGCUUGGUUUGCUUUUUCCUUCUCUUUUGCCUAAACUGAUGGAUUCACGUUCAUCUGGCGUUCCAAAGGUCACGUGUAAUAGCGGAGACCCUCUGCGUAAAAUCAAGAGUUCAUGGUGUUUUACAUGAUUUUGCCUCGAAUGCCUGCAAUGAGUUACUGAAGUUCUGGUGGACACUAAACUGAAGACAUAAUCCAGCAUCUGGAUUAGAGACAAGUAAAUCAGAUUUGGGUCGCAGCUCGUGUGAUGAUGUGGUCCAGACUGUGCAGUCUCGUGUUUAUUGUGAACUGAGGUGAAACGAACCAAAGACGUUCACUUCAAUCCUGCAUAUGAGAUGCACGGAAAAACCUGCGAAUAAUAAGCUCUUGUCCUGCGCCCUUGUAGAUUUGAGAAUGAAAAAAGAUGGAAACUGACUGUUCAAGCUUGUGCCUGUUUUGAAAAGCCUCGCCCCUUUUCUAUUUUUAAGAUGAUAAUAAUAAUAAGAUAACGUUCCAAACUGAUGCUAGAUCAGACGUUUGCACUGAGAUAGUCACGUUUGUCUGUUUGUUGUUGCAUUCUCAAAGUUCUGAGCCGAAGACUUGGUUUGUAAAGUUGGUGAUGAAGAUAAAUGUUGAGAAUAUGCGACGGGUUCUCUUCAGGCAAUAUAUCAAAACAGGAUUUAGCAAAUAAUGCAGGUUCUGUUAUUGAGAAACGAAGUCGAACAGCCUCAGGUGUUCUUUAUUUUUCCAAAAGAAGAAAUGUUUACAUGAUCUGCGUGUUUCCAUUGGUUUGUCAUGCGUCCCUCUGAGUUUCCUUCAAAGUUUCAGAAAGACACAAAGGUGACCUAUGAAAGCUGUAGCCACAUAGUUUGACGGCGUUAGAGGCACGUGCGUUGCGUUGGCCUGCUGUAGAUUUGCCGUUUCGCGUCUUAAAAAGAUUUUGUAGCUACAUGCUGGAGAUACUGAAACAAAUUUGUGUCGGUCUACUUUUUGGAAUUCGAAAGACGAGCGUGUGAGAAACAUUGUGCGACGUCACGGAACGUGCGCACGGUAUAUAAAUAUAUCCAAAGGAAGGUCAUUGUGGUUUCGUUCACCUCACCGCUUCUUAUUGAGUUAAGGCGGUGAAGGUCUCUUCGGGUUUUGGCAGUGAAGUAAAGAGCGGUGGGGUGGUUUUUGGGACGGUGGGAAUGUUCAGCCCGUUCAGUAUUUGCUACCAGUGAUGUAUUAAGCUUGCUGUAACAAUGCCGUCGUUCAAUGGAUUUUUUCUAUAUUGGUUUUGUUUUAUAACCACCUUUAAGCUAACACUUUGAGUUAUGCAGAAUUUCUUUUGGAACAAAAACACUGAGAAUAAACGAUUUUCUGCUGAGAUGUGCUACAGGAUGAUUGUGUUUUGCAAAAGACGAAGAUGAAUUACGAUGUUUGUGCAAACCCUUCAUUGCCAGCACUGUUUUGAUGCACAUGUACAGUAUGUUUGAAUGGAUGAAAAUGAAAUGACAAGUUUUAAUUUCUCGAGUCUGUUAACAUUACGGCUUUAUCAUGAAGGUGCAAACAGACCGAGUUCGUGUACUAGAACUCGUGUGAUGUUCUUGACACUUUGUCCAAGGGACAUUCUUAUGGUGAAGCGUUAAUCAAUAAAAGUUCAUUCUGUGCAUGUGAUGUGUCCUCCAUGCUCUACUUUGCCAGAAGGGGGCGAUAUACUGUUACCUCACAGUUGUGUCACUUCUUUGUGGUCACCAUAACCUCACAUGCGACUGACAGACUGAAAGGUUUUUUUCUUUGACUAGUUAGAAUUUUCCAUUGUCACGCUGGACACUUCCUCCUAUCUGUCUUCAGGGUUCUAACAGUAUCGACCACAAACACACAUUUAGUUUCACUGUAAGAUGAACAUCUUGUUCUCAGAUGCUUCGUAGGCCUGCAUCUGAUGACUCUUUCGUAUGUAUUACACACUCAAUAAAACCUAAAAGGUGUCGUGUUUGUGGGAUCAACCGUGUUGAGAUCCUGAUGAAACAGACUUCUUUUCUCUUUUUUGACUUCAGUAAGAUUUGUGUAUAUGAUAUAAAAAGAUUAUACAUCAUAUCAUUCAAUGAUGCAAAAUUUGUUCUUUAAAAAGAGCCUUUGAAUUUUAUAUCAGGAUAGAACAUUGUCUCAUACAGAACAAAAAUACUGAAUAUAAUAAAAACAAUCGAUGAAAUGUUAUUUCUGUUUAUGAUCUGAGCGUUUGUGCUCUCUGCUCUAUUAUGAGAUUUGAAAGGCAGCGCUUUAUAAAAGAAUUGAAAGAGUUCGAGAUCAACCGAUAUAUCGGCCAAUAAUCGGUAUCGUCCAUAAAAGCGAUUUUUCACACUAUCAGCUAUCUGUCAAUAGUUUAAAAACAGCCGAUGAUCAGGGCCGAUAUAUCCUCUCAAUCAAAAGAGGACAGGAAAAUGAAGUUGUGCUCUGUGCAUAUAACAUUUUUUUUGAAACACUACCAAUUUGAUGUUCAAUUAUAAUACUCAUUUAUUAAUUAAUAACAUUCAGAAAUUAAGAAAUAAUCAUUUAAAUAUAAAAAAGGAUUAAUAUUGCCACCAAACUAUCAGUAUCGGCAGAUAUCACUCUGACUUAUCGGUAGCGGUGCAGAAAUUUAGUAUCGGUGCAUCUCUAGAAAGAAUAGAGAUCAAUACAGAAAUAAACAACAGUUUUUAUUAAUCAAAUUCAUGAUAUUUGGCUGAUUGGUUUCUUGUCUUCUAUCUAGAGAUUGAUGUAGUGUUAUAAAAAGGUCAAAGGAAAAUUUCUGUUCAAGCCACCCGAACGAGGUAGAAUUGUGUUU